AUGGCGGCUCCCGGCGAGGCGGCGGCCUUCAGGCUGAUCCUGUCCGACGAGGCCUGCGGCGGCCAGCGCAUCAAGACCUGCCGCACCCUGCCGUCCACCGUCGCGGAGCUCGUGCAGCUGCUGCAGGAUGCGGACUUCAAUCUCGAAGAGGCGUGCUCGGUCCAGGGGCUCGACCCCAAGUCGCUCAACGCCGCCGGGGGUGGCCUCCUCGUCGUCGGCCUGAACGGCUUCAGGCGGGUGCACAUCAGCAGCGACGCCGCUCUGGCCGAGUUCCUCGGGAGGGCUGCAGAGACAGCGACGCCGGGAGGCUCGAGGCUUCCCUCGCUGGAGGUGCGCCUGGUGGCACCAGCCGCUGCCACCGUGGCGCCGGUCGCCGCCAGUGAGGAGAGAACCCUGGACAGCCUGGAGGCCGAGAGGGCCCGCCUCGCUCAGGAGACCGGGAGCGCACCCAGAAGCGUUUGGAGGACCACCCCGAGCUCGAGCGCACGGCCCGCAGCCAGGCGCUGGAGGCGCAAAACAUUGUCGAGAUGGCCGUGCGCGACAUGA